AUGAAUGCCACCGAUGAUCGCCUUGACGAAGUUAUUGCUGGCAUCAUAAUGGGGGUGAUUGGUACCUUUGGUAUAGUUGUGAAUAUAACGGUAGUCUAUCUUAUCUAUCACACACCUUCAUUUCACCAUGCAUUCGGCUACAUUUGCGCUUCGCAUCUGCUGGCUGAUGUAGGAUUAUUGACAGCUUUCUUAUUUUGGGCUACUCCCGCAUCAGUAAUUGGUCUACCGCAAACGGUUACUGAUUCUUUGGCUGGAAAGAAAAUAGGACAGUAUUCAAUGCUUUUUUGGUAUGCAUCUAUGUACGGGCAGCUGCAAUUAGCAAUCAAUCGAUUGGCAUCUAUUCUUACUCCUAUACAUUACAAGUAAGU